AAAUACAUAUAUAACAACAUUACAGUAAACACUAAGGUCAAAAAACUCACCUUUAAUUAAUGGUCACAAGGCACAAAGCUAUAUUUAUCAGAUGAUGUCUGCAUUAAAAAAAUUUAAAGAUAAAACCUAAACCUUAAAUACUGAACUUCUCUUUAGUUUUGGGUUAUUAAUGAGGUUUCAAGUGUGAAGGUGUUCAUUUGAUUUGUCUCGUAAUGUAGUGUUUGGCAGGUUUGUAUUAUUAUGGUAGUAAGUAAGGCACCACAUGUGCUGUAGUGUGUAAGCCACCAUCAUCAUGCAUCAUAUAGGAUGACUCAUAGAUUGUCACUCUUGUGUAGUUUUCUCAAGAUGAGGUCAUACCAGGACUGCUCCACUGAUAUGAACCCAACCAGCUAUAAACGGAAACUCCCACUAAUGCUGCAUACAAUAACUGUUUCAUUUCUCUCUCAGUGAUGCAUAAUGAAAAACUGCUGUGGUAUGUCUGAAAGAUUUCUGUAAUUUAUAAAUUUGUUUCACCGUGAAUGGUGAUUGAUUUUUCAGCUAUUUAUGUACAGCAGUAAUACACAUGGGUGUCUGGCUUAAAUAUUACUGAAUGGACCUAUGUGUGCUUGUGUUGUGUGUGCAUCUGUUGCCACAUGGACAUCAAAGUAUAAGUGAAUCUGAGUUCACUGCAAUCAACCCCUCACACGUACAUGAACAUUAGAUGGUCUACCAGUGAUGUGAGAAGUACACCAUGGCAUGCAUCCAAGUUGAGCCAGUAAUAAUUCAACCUGAAGCUGUAGUUUGCACAGACAAUGAGAACAGAGAUGAGCCACCGAGUCCAGAGAUUCUUCCCAGCUUUUUGAAAAUUUCAUAUCCACGGCUGGACCUGUCUGCACUCAGUGAAUGUAAAUUUGCUGAGCGAAAGCCAAACAUUAUCCAAGAUGGUCCUUCAGUUAUUGUGCAGUCAUUGUACAAUAUGCCUCUUACUCCUGGAGCUUUCGGUACUCCGACAGCGUUAGAAUAUUUAGCAGAAGAGAUUGAAGUUUCCUGCUCAGAAGAUGGUUUAUGUGACACUGAAGUCAAUAAACUCACAUCAAAGUUGUCUCAUGCGUGUGAUACAGCAGGAUCUAGUGAAAAUGGACGGGACAUGAUGGCAGCACAUGCUCUAUUAGAUAUCUCACCAACAACGAGUGGUGAAGAGAAAUCAUUUAUAGCGCAGAGUAAAUUAACAACUGUCACACAGAACUGCUCCAAUACAGGUUCCCUCCCACCAAGCCCAGCAGACAGUGGGGUAGCAUCAGAUAAAGAGGCUGAUCCCACUCAAACAGACGCUCAAGAAAAUGACUCCGUUCUUGCCACUUCAUGCCAUCAACCAGAUACUCACCAAGACCCUUCUGUGAUAGUUAGCAUGAUACCUGACUAUGAGGUGGAGCUAGAAAGUGAUUCAGUGAAUGAAGUACAGGUGCCAUACUCCCCAGAGAUAACACACAAUUACAGCAAGAAACCAAGUAAAAAGAGUCGGAAAUCCAAGCCAAGGUCACCUGAUGACUUACAUGUACAGUCAUCAUGCAGCAAAAGAAAAACCCGAGAAAGUCAUACCACCUACCUCUGGGAGUUCCUCCUGGAACUUCUUCAAAACGUGGAAACAUGUCCACGUUUUAUCAAAUGGACCAACAGGGAAGAAGGCAUCUUCAAGUUAGUGGACUCCAAAGCAGUGUCAAAGUUAUGGGGUCAGCACAAAAACAAGCCAGACAUGAACUAUGAAACAAUGGGCAGGGCAUUAAGAUACUACUAUCAACGAGGUAUUCUAGCAAAGGUGGAUGGACAGAGGCUUGUCUACAAAUUCUGUGAAAUUCCCAAGAACAUCACCGAGGUGGAAUGUAGCUGAAUAAUAGGAAUGUACAGUAUUGCAAGGAAAUCACUCCAUAUCAUGGGUACCACUGUGUAUUGUGUUGAUAGAUGGAUGAUAGUACAUGUACAUUUAGGUUCUUACCCGUUAUUAGCCUUGGCUGUAGGAUGUGGCCAUUCAGGCUGACUCAGGUGUAACCAUUGGGUGUGCCACCUUGGUGUAGCUGUCUGCAUAUUAUAGUGGUGCCAAGUCCAUGCUGCAAACUGGUGUAUUGAGUGACGUCAGGUUUACAAUCCCAAUAUUCCAAAAAGACAGUGAUCACAUAUUAAAGAUCUCUGACAAUACAAAGACCUAUGCAAUAACGACGUGCUUAUUUAGUCUUAUGUUUGAUCACUCAUCUAACUGUUAUUCUUUUAGCCAGUUAUUGACACUGUUGAGGAAAGUUUCAUAUGGAAGUUUUCAAGAAGUUUUCUCAGUGUACUGCUUUUGCCGUUGAAAAGCUGCAGUGAGAAAACAAACGUCAUUCGUAGCUUUCAGGGUGUCUAUUUGGACAUUUUGCACUUCUGCCACUUGACACCUCCCCCAAAGGAAUAUCCAAAUGUACUAAAGGCCUUUCAAAGUGUACAGGAAAACCUAGUAUUUCUUGGAUUUCGCACUGCAGUGCAGAAAAUUUAUUUAACUUCUGGAAAUAAGAAUUGCUUGCCUGGGAUAUUAAUAUUUUGCUGCCAAAAUAAUUCCAUUUGUAAAAAGAAAUGAACUGACACUGAGAGAGAUGUUGUGUGUGGGGAGCGAGUUGAAACAUAAAAAGAAAUUUUAUUUUUAUGUUAUGUAACUAUACUUGUACAAUUUUAAAGUGAAGUAUGGUUCAAUUGCCUAAAGUGAGAUUUGGUUGACUUUGUAAAUAUGUAUGAAAGUUCUCUCAAAUGUGAGUAGAUUAGAUACUCACAUAGAUUAGAUGGAGGUCAAACCACAAGCCCUAUGUGUUCAUAAACAUUAAUGGGUUUCGUAAACUUUAUUCAGUGUACGUAAUUGUAAAUUGUCGAAGGUAUCGGAUUCAUUGAGAAAUAAUUUUUCCUUCCUCUGGACACUUUGCCUCCAAGUAUCACAUUUCAAUUUGGUCUCAUAAAGACAAAAUGGACAUUGAAAUACUGAACAGUUAUCCUGAUGAAAGGAUAGUUAAAGGUUUCGACUUAUUCUAGAUUUCUAGUCAGGUUUUUUGGUCUUCAUUACUGAGGUGACGUACUGCAGCCACUCGUAUCUGUGGGAAAAGUCAAGAACUAUAGAGACGGCAUUCAAUUUUUGUGGUUAGUUUUUAAUAAUUAUUGACUGAACCCAACAGAAUUGUCUAAUUCUGUUAGAAUUAAUAUCUACAUGAAAUGCUAGUUGACAAAUUGGUGAACACGAUUCCAGGCAGAUUGUACAUAUUGCUGAAGAUGAAUAUUUAGUGGUGAAAAGCUUUGAAAAAAGGUUUUGGUUGGAGUGGUGAGUUUAUAAAAACCUACCAGCUGAUUAUUCUUGACAAAGAAUGGGUAGCAGAUAGUUAAAUUCUGAAACAUUCUCAAACAAUAAUGCCCCCCUGGAUAAUUAUUGUCAUUCAAUGAAUUGAAGUUACACAUGCUGUGUAUGAUGAACAUGUUAUAUGCAGCAGCUUAAAGUAGCUCAAAAAUCCCCUUGAAAACCAACAUACAUGUAGUCUUUCAAACUGUUUGAAGCUGAAGUGAUCAGAUCCUCAGCCUAGAUUUAUUGAACUUGUUGCAUAAGGUCUUGAAAUGAACUGAGAAAAUACACUGAGUAAUGUGAUCGCCACAUCCAAAAAGGAGUUUCUUCCAGCUUAGCAAUACAGGUAACAGUAGUAACUUUGUUAAUGAAUAACACUUGAAUAUAAGAAUGCACAUUACUCCAAACCUGUCAUCUUUGAGUUGCAGUUUGGGAAGAGGCAUGCACACAGUUUGAAUUCAUAGGCCACCACACUUGGAGGGUUUUAAGCCCGAAUUCCCAACUAAUGAAUAUACUUGCAACAUGCUUUGGUUUAUUUCAAGUUUACAUACAACUGCAGUAUUCUUACUGAAGGAAACACUUUGACGACAUGCUUGGUUUUGACUGCCAGAUAGGAACUAUCAAUUAUGCCGGGGUAUACGUAAAAGUAGAUAGCAUAGAGGCAUUCAUGGAAACAACAUAAAAUCUAGAACUACAGGGCAACAUCACUGUUAAUGAAUGUGUAAAUAUGGACAUAAGCUACAAGAAUUGUUACGUCCAAAAUAGUUGACAUGUUUGUGUUUGAAUUUGUUCAGCUCUUUUGUUUCAGAUUCCAAAUCAAAACAUGAGUGCAAGUGAACCAUUGUUGGUGUUUUUAAUACAGAUUGCUGUACGAAUGACGUACAUAUCAUACAUGUACCAGUGUGGGUGUUAAGAGACUAUCGGUAGUGGCCCCUAGAUAGCAGGUGUUGAAUGGUUGUGUAAUUGCAUAGGAAAUAACCAGAGUCUGUUGUAUUCAAUCACUGUUCGUAUCUACAGUUUGACAAUCGGGCUACAAGUGGAAAGUUUCCAUGGACUAAAUUCAGUCUUCUUCAAGAGAAUCAUCAAUGUGUACAUGGUCAAAUCUAUCUCGUACACUUUACUGUUGAUAGGCUGUUGACUUGCCAGGCCACAGUUCUACUGUAAAACUCCUUUGAUAAAAUCAUGAUGUAUGUCUCUUCUACUUCAACUGUUCAAAAAGCCAUAAUGCAAUUUUUGAGAGGUAACUACAUAUCUGUUGGUUUCUUUCCCGUAUUUCCAUACAUUUUAGCAAACUCCAUUGUUAUUGAGAUUUUUAUAAUGUGUAAAUAUCAUGGUUGUUUCAUACUUUUUAAUGAAAGUCGAUGAUUCCAUAAAAUUUGUUUUGACUGAAAAAUCUGAAUAAGAAGGCUAGCUUUGUCAUGUGCAGAUGA